AUGAGUAACCCACGGGAUGUGGCUUAUAAUCCGAUCAAAGAUAUGGCGAAGAACCACCAUUCGUGGGGAAAUGCUGAAGAGAAAAGUGUUAAAGCCCCUCAAAAGGGUGGGCUUUAUGAGAUUAGCCAAUUUGAUCACAUGAACGUGAAGGUAGACACACUAUACCAAAAUCUUGAAAAUCUUACCGUAGCCUCAUCGACACAUGUACCUAUAACUAUUGUAACUCUCACCACCCCAACGGGCGGCCCCUACUCUGAGGUCUGUGGGGUAAAUGGACAUUUCACUAGGGAUUUUCAAGUGAUUUUAGUUGGGGGGGACCAAAUCAUGACAAGUGUAAGAAACACCAAAUCAUCUUUGGAGAAGAGUUAUUUUUUUCACUAG